AUGGAGACGCUAUACCUCAACUAUAAAACUGGACUACAAUUUGGUAACUUGGGAUCAUCAGGUCAAACCUCAUCCUCAAGCUCAAAAAAAUUGAAUCCAUGGAAUAUAGGUUUACCAGAAGGUUUUGGAAAUCUAGGAAAUAUUUUAGGAGAUUUACUUCCAAGUGGUUUUUCAUUGGGCAAUGGAAAACCUUCAAUCCAGACUUGGUCUACAACAGAAACAAAUAUCAACGGAAAGAAAAAUGUUACUAAUCAUCAUUAUGAUUCAAAUAAUCCAGAAGGAAAUAUAGAAGAUCUAAAUUCAUCAGCAGGGAACUCGGGCCUUGACCAAAACAAACCACUUACAACAAACCACAAUCAAACUCAAGAUACCACUUCAAAAACUCCUUCAGGAUACGGUCCAGGUGGCGAUGUUACAAGUGGAAGUACCAAUGAUGAAAACAUUGGGUUCAACCUUGGCGGUGGAGGUGCAAGUAGUACCACCGGUUAUACGGGUGAUCAAAGCGGUGGAAGCCAAAACAGCGGUAGUGGUGGAGGUGGAAGUAGUGCUGAUGGCUCUACGAGUGAUCACAAUGAUGGACUUGAUCACAAAAGUGGAGGUGGUGGAGGUGGUCCAGACCUGAGCAAUAAAAACAAUGAAAUCGACCAAAACAGUGGUGGUGGUGGAAGUGGAGGUAGUCCUAGUGGCUACCAAAACGACCAAAACACUGGUAGCGGUGAAGGUGCAGGUCAAAGUGGGAAUAGUACUACUGAUAGCAGCAAUGGAGGAAAUGAAGAAGAUGAAUUGCAAGGUGAAGAUUGCUCGGAAGAACAGGAGUAA